AUGGGCUGUGCGGGAUCGAAACCUAAGGACCAUACCUCUCCUCGACGGAGAGAUGCAUCAGAGGAGGCCGUUCCCGCGCCGAAAGUUGCACCGGACGAUUUAUCAGAUAAUGGACCAUUGCUAGCUCAAAGCCCGAAGAUUAAAGCCCAGAGCGGCCUUUCAGAACCUAAUAGAUCCGACAAAUCCCCAACCGCCGCACCGACAGACCAGUUGCUAUCACGAGACGAUGGACCAGCAGCAGAUUCCCAACGGUCAAAUCAACCGGCACAGGUUACCGGGUUACCACCAGGAGGUCCACCAGGGUUACACGGGUCACCAGGUGUUCCCGCGCAGGAACUGCGACCGCAGGGCGAAAUGCCAGCAGUGCCAGCUCCGUCGCCGGGGCCCACAGGAGCGCGAAUUGCGGCCCAGACGUUCACUUUCCGAGAGCUGGAGCGAGCGACGGGCGGGUUCUCCGAGAAGAAUUUUAUAGGGGAAGGCGGGUUUGGACGCGUGUACAAAGGGUGGCUGGAGUCUACAGGCCAGGUGGUAGCGGUGAAGCAGCUGGAUAGAAACGGCGUGCAGGGAAAUCGGGAAUUCUUGGUCGAGGUUCUCAUGCUGAGCCUGCUGCACCAUCCGAAUCUCGUGAAUCUCAUUGGUUACUGUGCGGACGGUGAUCAACGGCUGCUGGUGUACGAGUUCAUGCCACGUGGCGCUCUUGAGGACCAUCUGCAUGACCUACCCGAGGGCAGGGCGAGUCUGGAGUGGAGCAAGCGCAUGAGAGUGGCAGCAGGGGCGGCCAAGGGCCUCGAGUACCUGCACGAGGAGGCCUCCCCGCCCGUCAUCUACCGCGAUUUCAAGUCCUCCAACAUCCUUCUAGACGAGAACUGGCACCCCAAGCUCUCGGAUUUCGGGCUGGCGAAGCUGGGCCCUGUGGGGGACAAGACGCACGUGUCGACGCGCGUGAUGGGCACAUAUGGGUACUGCGCGCCCGAGUAUGCCAUGACGGGGCAGCUGACGGUUAAGAGCGAUGUGUAUAGUUUCGGAGUGGUGCUGCUGGAGCUGAUCACGGGGCGGAAGGCCAUUGACAGCUCGAGGCCGCAUGGAGAGCACAACCUCGUUGCUUGGGCGCGGCCGCUCUUCAAGGACAGGAGGAAGUUUCCAGCCAUGGCGGAUCCCUUACUGCAGGGCCGCUACCCCAUGCGCGGGCUGUACCAGGCGCUGGCCGUUGCUGCCAUGUGCCUGCAGGAGCAGGCCAGCCAGCGACCCAUGAUCCAUGAUGUGGUUACCGCGCUCAACUACCUGUCGUCACAGCCCUACGACCCAAAUAACAACCCGCAACCCAGCACGCCUGGCAGAUACACGCCAGGCACGACGCCCCUUCACGAGAAGAAGGGGUCUCGCUCACCCCGUGUGCGCAACCUGCAGUCCCCCCGCGCAUCCCCCCAACAGCAGCACCAGCACCAGCACCAGCACCAGCACCAGCACCGACAGGGGGGUUCCGGGGGUAGUAACCAGCAGCAGCAGCAUCGGUCAAGAGGGGAGAGGGAGAGAGAGCGAGGGAGGGAGAGAGAAGGGGAGGAGAGGGGACGGCAGCACCAGGGGGGGCAGCAGAGGGGGGAGAAGGGAGGGAGAGGGUAUCGUGAAAGUCCUGGGAGGGCAGGCAGCAGGGGGAGCGGAGGGGGCGGAGAGGGAGAGAGCCCGAGGCAAAGGGGGACGCCGAGGGGAAGCAGUAGUAGUGGGGGAGGCGGAGGGGGAGGGGGAGGGGGAGGGGGAGGGGAGUAUCAGAGUAGGGGUUCGUCGGGACGAGGGAUGGUGAGUCCAGGCAGGAGUGAGUCAGGCAAGGAGAGACGAGGUGACUACUGA